AUGAAUUCUUCUUUUCAGCUGGGAGGCCUAGACGUGGUGCUCGGCCACCUUACUGGUAGCCAUGUCGGUUCGUCGAUUGAGGCUGCUGGUGUCCUCACCCAACUCACAAAUCCGCAACAUGCCUACGUUCAACUUCAGAACAUCGAACCGAUUCUUGUCAGAUUGCUCGACCUUAUCGACGAAUGCACGACUGGAGAAACUCUUCUCUUGGUGUCAGCCGCGCUGGCAAAUGUGUCGCUGCAGGACCCAGCAGCCAUCGAUGUUUUGUACAGGCGGAAUGCGAUAAUUCGACUGAUCAAUGCCUACAACCGACAAGAAUGCUCGACGAUAUUCGUGCAGGAGCAGGUAGCCUCGUUCUGCAAUCUCAAUCCUACUCUCUUGAAAUUGUUGUCUCAGAUUGUGACUGUACUCUCACGACUUGCCGCUCGCCGCUAUGAAGAGGCGCUUGUUUCACAAGGAGCCGUGCCAGUAUUGCUUGAAAUGCUUACAGUAACCGACAGCUUACACUCGGAUUACUGUAGGAGGAUUCGCUACAAGGCAGGGCGUGUUGCAUCGGAACCUUGGCAAGCUGAGCAGGUGUUGAUUGAAAGCCUGCUAUGUUUAAUCAAAGCGUGA